GCCGUCCGAACGGGAAGAGGAAACCUCCUCAUUGCCGAGAUCGCCAGCUUCCGAUGAGGUCUGGAUGGAGGCGCCUCCGGGGGAACCUCGACGGCUGCCGCCAGAGAGAGAGGCGGCGGAAGGAGAACCCCUCCUCGUGGCCGAGCUAAAGCCAGGGCGGUGGCCUCAGCAAUAUGACUGGAAAUCGAGUUGUGAGACGUGGAGUGUGGCUUUCUCUCCGGACGGGGCCUGGUUUGCCUGGUCUCAGGGCCACUGCAUUGUCAAACUGCUCCCGUGGCCGUUGGAGGGAACCGAGCAGAACUGCAAAUCUCUGGAGCGCACAAAAGCCGAAGGCAGGGGGCAAAGCAGGGCAAAAGAGAAGACGCUGGAUUGCAGGCAGAUUGUGUGGGGCCUAGCCUUCAGCUCUUGGCUCCCUUCCUGCACGAGAAAGCACAUCCUGUGGGUGCGCAGUACUGCCUCUUUGGUCCUGGCCACGGGAUUGAACGAUGGGCAGAUUAAAGUUUGGGAGGUGCAGACAGGGCGUUUGCUGUUCAGCCUUUUGGGACAUCAGGACGUGGUGAGAGACUUGAGCUUUGUGCCCAGCGAGAGCCCUUCAGUCCUGGUCUCUGCGUCGCGUGACAAAACUCUGCGUGUCUGGGAUCUGAGUCAAAACGGAAAGCAACUGAAGGUGCUGUCUGGACACCUCCAGUGGGUCUACUGCUGUUGCGUCUCCCCUGAUGGCCACAUGUUGUGCUCUGCCGCUGGAGAGAAAUCAGCCUUGCUCUGGAGUAUGGAUUCAUACAGCCUCCUCCGGAAGCUGGAAGGGCACCAGGGUUGUGUUGUCUCCUGCGAGUUCUCCCCGGACUCGGCGCUCCUCGCUACUGCCUCGUACGACGCCCUUGUGAUCCUUUGGGACCCCUGCACGGGGGAGCAGCUGAAAUCCCUCUGCCACGUUCCAUUGCAGUCUUCCCUGGACGACGGCGGGGACUUCCACGUCAGCGCCCUGCGAUCCGUGUGCUUCUCACCCGAAGGACUCUAUCUUGCCACUGUGGCAGACGACAGGCUCCUGAGGAUCUGGGUCUUAGAGCUGGGGAUCCCAGUCACCUUUGCCCCUGUGAAGAACGGGCUCUGUUGCACCUAUUUCCCACAUGGUGGGAUCAUUGCCACAGGGACAAGAGAUGGUCAUGCACAGUUUUGGACAGCCCCUCAAGCCCUUUCCUCCCUCAAGCACUUAUGCCGCAAAGUCCUCCGCCGCUGCUUUACAACGUACCAGGUGCUGACACUUCCCAUCCCAAAGAAGAUGAAAGAUUUCCUCACCUACAGGACUUUAUGAUGCUUAGAACGGUGCAAUGGAGUUGCACCUGUUGUUUGCCGCCUCCCUUUUGGACAUGGACAGGCCUUGCUGAGACUCACACAAUAGGGUUGUGCUUUUGUGGUACAAAGAGGGCAAAAAGUCCGAUAUUUUCCCCCUUUCGUAUGGGUUUAUGUGGCUAAGGUAACUUUUUUAUCUGGGAACAUGGCAAAUGCAAUUGGGCUUGAUGAAGAACCGUUAAGAGCUCUUCUGUGCCAGUCCCAUGGAUAGCUCUGCAACAGAAGUUCCAAUUAGUUGGUUGUAAACUUCCCCAGGACUUCUCUGUUCAAAUGCAUUUGCUCCCUCUCGGAUAUCAGAAGCUGAAAUGUAACACAGGAGCCGUAAGGGAACAACUCUGUCAUCCCAUGCAGUCACCCAGCCUGUAAAUGGCGGCUGCUGUUCGGAUCUGGACCAUUUGCCUUUCAAAAUGAAUGACAGUGAAACUGGGUGGGGGGGGGAAACACCUUUCCUACUUGAACCGUGCACUGCAGGUUGAACAUUAAUUUUUAUGCCCUUUACAGAGGGUCAGUCGCGAGAUGGGGAGGAGCAGAUUUGGAUGAGUGCCCUUCCCCCAUAGGUUGUGGUCGUAGAGGAACAUUUCAAAGUUCAUUGUUCAUUUCAGAGCGGAUUCUCUUUGAAGGGAGGCGGAGACCAAAAAAAGCGAGACGUGGCAGGAGGUUCCUUAAUGUUUGCUUGAAAAGAAUUGUGCAAGAAACAAAUAAUGCUGCGAGAAAACUCAUAGGCUGUAAGAGAUCAAGAUCAGAGGGGCUGGGGAGCCUCUGCCCCCACCAGCUGCUGUUGUUUUUCAACUCCCAUCAGCCCCAGCCAGCAGUCAAGGAUUAUGGGAACUCGGGCUUUAGAAUGUGGAAGAUCCCAGGUUCAGUAAUCUGGCAUAUCCAUCUGAAGAGUUUUUGCAUAAACAGGUCUGGGAGAGUCAGAGACAAGGAACCUGUGGCCUUCCUGUUGUUUUGGGGACUACAACUCCCACCAUUCCUUGACUACUGGUCAUGCUGUGAGGAGAAAACCCAACAUGAACCAUUUCAACUCUGUCUGUAAGGCUUGGAAGACUAGGGUUCAUAUCCCCAGCUCAGCCAUGAAGCUCGCUCGCUGACCUUGAGCUAGUCACUGUCUCUCAACUUAGCCUACCUUACAGGGUUAUUGGGAGGAUAAGAUGGGGAGAGGGAGAACUUAUUAAAUGUAUAUCCCAUCCUUCCUCCCAAAAGGAGCCCAGGGCAACAGGUGACUAAAACAUUAAAAACAUCUUUGGGGCUCCUGCUGGGAGGAAGGGCGGGAUAUAAAUCUAAUAAAAGUAAAAUCUUUUUAAAAGGUAAAGGUGUUCCCGCACUUCGUUUCCGACUCCUAGGGUGACAUCUUGCGACAUUUACUAGGCAGACCAUAUAUAUGGGGUGGGAUUGCCAGUUCCUUCCCCGGCCUUUCUUUACCCUGCCCAGUAUAUGCCGGGUACUCAUUUUACCGACCACGGAUGGAUGGAAGGCUGAGUGGACCUCAACUCCUUUUACUGGAGAUUCAACUUCAUCCUUCCGUUGGAAUCGAACUCUGGCUGUGAGCAGAGCUUCGGCUGCGUCACCACCACUUACCACUCUGCGCCACGGAGGAUCUUAAAAUACUAUUCCAGUACAGAUGCAGACUGGGAUAAAGGUUUAUGCCAGCUUGAGCUCCUUGGAUGCAAAGUGGGAUAUAAAUAUUACCAUAAUUAAUUAAAGUGUGGCUCACGCUUAUGGGAAGCCAAAACUAGCUAGAGGGCCAUAGGUUGCUCUACAAACUGCAUCAGCUGGCCAUAGUCCUUGGCUACUUUGAUAAAAUUGUUUUAAAAGGUCAAGAGCCUUGAUGAGGCAAGUCCCAUUAAGGAUGUGUAGUGGUCAAAGCUUCCCCUGAGAGAUCAACUGGUGCAGCACAGGCAAGAGUUUAAAUCUAGCUCUGACCUAAGGAGUUUGUAUGGCCUGGCCUUACCCCUUCCCCGAGCCUUAUCAAGAUCUGAGUUUUGGAUACUGGCGGAAGGAUCAGUUACUAGCAUACAGGCAGCAAGCAAAAGUGGACCUCAGCCAUCUAUAAUUGCUUUUUGCCUAAUGCAGCCAUGCUCUAGGACUGAUCUACUAUAAAUGCCUUUUUUCCCCCCACACUACUUGGGUGCAAGUUAAUUUAUGGAAAUUGCUAGCGAAUGUGUUGACACAUCAAGGAGGGGAGAAUAAAUUAAAUUAAAUCAA